GCGAUGGCCCAUUUUAGUUGUGAUUCAAACACGAAACAAGAAUAAUGGCUUCCGCAGGACGUGCUAGUGUGUCUGGUCAAAAGUUCCGCAUGACGUUGGGUCUGCCCGUGGCCGCCGUGUUGAACUGCGCCGACAACAGCGGGGGUAAGGCGUUGAUGAUCAUCGCCGUGUGCGGGAUCAAGGGUCGCCUGAACCGUCUCCCUGCCGCCGGUGUGGGUGACAUGUGCUUGUGCUCGGUGAAGAAGGGUAAGCCGGAGUUGCGUAAGAAGGUCAUGCCUGCCGUCGUGAUCCGUCAACGCAAGUCGUGGAAGCGCCGCGACGGCGUGUUCCUCUACUUCGAGGACAACGCCGGUGUGAUCGUCAACCCCAAGGGUGAAAUGAAGGGUUCCGCCAUCACCGGUCCCGUCGGCAAGGAAUGCGCCGACUUGUGGCCUCGUAUCGCGGCCAACGCCGGUUCGAUUGUUUAAGUAACACCCCCUCAAUUCCGACCACAUUAAGUAGUUUCGUGCCCCAUGGAUCCAAUCAACACGUGAUCACUCUUAAUCAAGUACUUGCGGUUGUCC